CAGGCCCUGCACCGCCUGGGGGCGGGGCCGCGCGCGAGCUGCGUCCCGCGGAGACGCGGUGCGUCACGCUCUAGGCGAGUCUUGCCCGGGCAGAGAUGGCUCCAAAGCGCUCGGCGGGCAGGGCGCCGCGGGGGCGCAAACUGCGCGGCCAGAAGGCCAAGGGCGAGGGCAAAGCCCGGCGCGAGGAGAAGGAGGCGGGAUGCAGGCGGAAGCAGGGGGCUGAAUAUGUGAAAGGUACUGCUAUUAUGUUGUGUCGCCACGAGACGAAGGGACCAAGACUUAGAGUGCUGUGGUGUGUGGAGAGUCCCAGAUUUGGAUCCCACCUGACAACGUGCAUAUCGAAUGUCUCUGAAGAUGAGAAACCUCUGAAGAAGAGCCUUCUCUCAAAAGUUUCACGAGGAAAGAGGAAGAGCAGCUGUGGUGCUUCUGGGGGCCCAGCAGCAGGUCCAGCGAGAAAGAAGGUGGCCAGAGCGACUGUGAAAUUGGAAACCCCCCAGGUUGUAAAGGAUGAAGCCCUCAGUGAUGAGGAUGACUUCAGGGACUUUACAAGCGCCCGGAAGAAGACGCACCUUCCAAAGAAAGAGGCUGCCGUGGACACAGGGGCCUGCGAAGGGGAUGCCGAGGAGGACAGUGAGGAUGACUGGGAAGAGGUGGAAGAACUCACUGAGCCUGUGCCUGGUGGCUUGGGAGAGAACACAGCCUUCUCUAAAUCUGCUGUGCCUGUGAAGCCAGUGGAGAUAGAAAUUGAAACCCCAGAGCAGGUGAAAGCACGAGAAAGAAGUGAAAAGAUAAAAAUGGAGUUUGAGACACAGCUGCGGAGGAUGAUGAAGCGUUUCAAUAAGGAAGUCCAUGAGGACACACACAAGGUCCACCUUCUGUGUCUGCUGGCAAAUGGCUUCUAUCGAAAUAGCAUCUGCAGCCAGCCAGACCUGCGUGCCAUUGGCCUCUCCAUCAUCCCAACUCGCUUUACCAAAGUGCCACCCCAAGACGUGGAUGUCUGCUACCUGUCGAACCUGGUGAAAUGGUUCAUUGGAACAUUUACAGUUAAUGCAGACCUUUCAACCAAUGAGCAGGAUGGCCUGCAGACGACGUUGGAGAGGAGGUUUGCUAUUUACUCUGCAAGAGAUGAUGAAGAGUUGGUCCAUAUAUUUCUGCUAAUCAUCCGGGCCCUGCAUCUCUCUGCCCGACUUGUGCUGUCCCUACAGCCAAUUCCGCUGAAGUCGUCAGCAGCAAAGGGAAAGAAAGCUUCCAAGGAGAGAUCCACAGAGGGACCUGGGUGUUCCUCAGAAACUUCCAGCCCAGGUCCCGCAAAGCAAACCAAACUGAAGAGCAGCAGCGGAAACAGACGGGAGGACCCCUCUUCUGAGGGUACCAGUGGUCCCCGGGCCAAAGGGAAGGGGAGCAAGGCGGCUGCAGCCACGAAGAAACAGAGAGAGCCGUCCUCCAGCGGGGAAGAGGAGGGCAAGGCGGCAGGGCAGCAGGGUGAGGCCCGGAGACCUGCACGCGGACGGCGGCGGCAGGCAGCCACCAGGGUAUCUUACAAGGAGGAGAGUGGCAGUGACAAGGCCAGCAGUAGCUCUGACUUUGAGCUCUCCAGUGGGGACAGCCAUUGCCCAUCCGACGAAGAUUCUGAGCCUGGCCUCCGGAGGCAGAGGAGAGCCCCAGGCCUGCCGAGGACAAAGGCGGGGGCCAAGAGUGACUCCAGGUCCCAGCGUGGCAGCCACCCCAAGCCCCCAGGCUUUCUGGCAGCAUCUGCAGGCCCGCCAGGCAGUAAGCGUAAAGGAGGCAAGAAGACAUCCGUGCGUGGGGAGGAGGCAGACGGAGGGAAAGUGGCUGGUGUGGACCACUGGCUGGAGGUGUUCUGUGAGCGGGAGGACAAGUGGGUGUGUGUGGACUGUGUGCACGGGGUGGUGGGCCAGCCCCUGACCUGUUACCAGUACGCCACCAAGCCUAUGACCUACGUUGUGGGCAUCGACGGUGAUGGCUGGGUCCGUGACGUCACCCAGAGGUAUGAUCCUGCCUGGAUGACAGCUACCCGCAAGUGCCGGGUGGACGCCGUGUGGUGGGCCGAGACCCUGCGACCCUACCGGAGCCCGCUGCUAGAGAGGGAGCAGAGGGAGGACCAGGAGUUUCAGGCAAAGCACCUGGACCAGCCUAUGCCCACUGUCAUCGGCACAUACAAGAACCACCCGCUGUAUGCCCUGAAGAGGCACCUCCUAAAGUAUGAGGCCAUCUACCCCGAGACGGCUGCCAUCCUCGGCUACUGCCGUGGGGAAGCCGUGUACUCCAGGGAUUGUGUGCAUACCCUGCACUCCAGGGACACGUGGCUGAAACAAGGGAGAGUGGUGAGGCUGGGAGAAGUGCCCUACAAGAUGGUAAAAGGCUAUUCUAACCGGGCCCGGAAGGCCCGCCUGGCCGAGCCGCAGCUGCGGGACCACAACGACCUGCCCCUGUUUGGCCAGUGGCAGACCGAGGAGUACCAGCCGCCUGUGGCUGUGGACGGGAAGGUCCCCCGGAAUGAGUUUGGGAACGUGUACCUCUUCCUGCCCAGCAUGAUGCCUGUGGGCUGCGUUCAGCUGAAUCUGCCCAACCUGCAGCGUGUGGCCCGGAAGCUGAACAUCGACUGUGUCCAGGCCAUCACUGGCUUUGACUUCCACAAAGGCUACUCUCAUCCCAUAACUGAUGGCUACAUAGUGUGUGAGGAGUACAGAGACAUUCUCCUGGCCGCCUGGGAGAACGAGCAGGCGCUCAUCGAGAAGAAGGAGAAGGAGAAGAAGGAGAAGCGGACUCUGGGGAACUGGAAGCUGCUGGUCAAAGGGCUGCUCAUAAGGGAGCGGCUGAGGCUUCGCUACGGGACACAGGUCAGUGUGGUCCUGGUGGGGAGCCUUUCUGCCCUGUCCCAGUGCCCCAGACCUGUGUCUCCCACACCGUGCGUCCUGUCCUCGUUGGGAAAGUUUCCUAGAAUCGGGCCCCAUCGGCUCAAGAGUACGCCCACUGGGGUCAGAUUCGGUAUCCUGCAAUCUCCAGGCCUCUUGAUGCCCCGGGGAGCUUGUUCAACACCCCUUCACAGCACCUGCAGCCCCCAUGGCUCCCACCAGGGCACAGAGGCCUCUGGACGAGGUUACAUGGAGGGUCCAGUGCUGAGUCAGGGAUGUGGAGAUGUGCUCUUGGGGCAGCUGUCACCCCACUGUUCUGUUCCUCCCUUGCCAUCCCACGCACUGCCCCUCCUGCUAGCUCCUCCACCCUCUGCUGUCACCCCCGCUUCCAGGGUGCCUCCAGCACUGAGCUGGUUCUGAGACUUCAUGCAUCUUUUUCAGAAGUGAGGUAAUAAGUGUGCCGCCCCAAGCAGCAGUUCCUCCUGGAGUAGGUAUAGCUCUUCGAGGGCCGUUCCCUCCUCAACACCUCUGUGUACGCAGCCCUGAGCACCCAGCACGUGCUCUAGGGCCUGCUCAGCUGAGCACCAGCCAUGCCAUCCCCCCCCCCAACUCCCCUUCACAGCUCAGUGCCACUUCCUGACGCUGCUUUCUCUGUCUCCGCCCAGAGCAAGACAGCUGCUCCCCACACAGACACAGGAGGACUGUCUUCAGACGAGGAAGAGGGCACCAGCUCGCAAGGGGAAGCGGCCAGGAUCCUGGCUGCCUCCUGGCCCCAAAACCGAGAGGCUGAGGAGGAACGGGAGCGGAAAUGCCCCAAGAGAACCAGGAGGGAGAAGAAGGAGGCAGCUUCCCACCUGUUCCCUUUUGAGAAGAUGUGAUGUUGAAUGGUUACCUGCUCAGUGGCUUGGCCCUGAGGGUACCUGGGCCCUGAGGGCUGAGAAGGCACAGAGGUAGCAUGUGCUACAGACGAGGGCCGGGGCAAGCAUCCCGUGGGUUUGCCUGGCUGCAGUCGGGGUGGAGUCACCCAGGGUCGGACUUUACCACCACAACCUAGGCUUUGAGCUGACACUUCCUCAGGAGCCCUCCUGCCCCCGAGACUUCCCCUCCUGGAACCAUGGGGAACGUCUGGUGAUGGUGAGGUUAGGGAUGCGCCAGGCCUUGUUUCCCAGUAGAGUCCCGCUGCAUCUGGUGCUGCUUAACACCGUACAGGGAGAACAAGUCAAUGUAGGCCACCUCGGGGGGGUAAGCUCUGGGACCUACUUUUCCAGGUAACGUUUGGUGGUGGCAGCAACCUCGAACAAAAAGCUAUAAUCAGGAAAGAAAAGGAAAAACAAUGGGAAUUAAAGAAAUGUUAGGAAGGGUGGAUCACUGUUCAACUAGAUUUUAUUCAUUACUGGAAACAUUUAUAAAGCUCUAUGCAAAGUAGUUAUUUAGGAGAAAUAACUUUUACAAUAUUUUGAGAAAAAAAAUAAAGCACUUACAUAAGAAGAC